AUAAUGCAACAACCGGCCAAAUGGACAUUAUAACAAAUGCAACCUUAUUACCCAACACCACUUCUCCAGGAACGGCGUCGCCCACACCUACCGCGCCCAUUCCUGCCACGUCCGCACCUGCCACGUCUGCAACUGCCACGCCCAUACCCACCACACCUGACCCAAUCAUAACUGAAUCCCCCACCGUCGUGCCCCUUCCUACCAGCGUACCUUUUCCAGCCAAGACACGGCCACGUGGGUCCUGGCCCAGCCGCAGAUCGUGUUCCAAGAGGGCGACGCGGCGAAAGCGUUGGACAUCCGACUGCGUAAUGCUGGGAGGGGUUUCCAGGGCGGCCUGCUGGUGCGAUGCUGCUCCACGCCUGAUUUGAACACGAGCCCCAAGUACACAGACUUGUCUAGCUCAGUCGUAGCCAGGAUGGAAGUGGCUGCGGCUAGGUCCAUUAACUGGACCAGUGCUACAGCUCUGUACAGAAGAUGACAUUGUGGCUUUCAGCUGUAUUUCUGGGAUACCCGGCGGCAAUUGUACCAAACAGCACGCUUAUAAUUGCUCUAGCGAGGAUAUCUACCGACCGGACUAUUUCCCAUUCCUCUGUGUGCAAACGGACAAUAGCCCUUUCCUACGCCUGUACUACACUGCCAGAUCUGGUGCGCGGGAUGCCGCAGGUUAUAACACCCUCAAAGCCACGCCUUCAGACAUUCAGGGUACGACAAGCUUUGAAGAUACCCAGCAACGUUCGUUGGACUUCCACAAACGACUGAAUCUCCUACAAUGGAAUCUCCAACAACCAAUGCGCAGACAACACAAGGCCAGACGACUACCGAUACACCAACAACCCAAUCAGAUCUGACCAAGGACUCCGGCAUCGUGACCACAGACUCGCCCAUCGGCAGCACCAACCAAACCAACACCACUCUACCCUUCACCCAGCAUUUUGCCGUCACGUUUAUUCACCUCCCGACGCCCCUCACUGACCCCGCCCCCGUCGAUCCACCGGAAGUCAGCACCCAAAAAACUCUUUCAGGGAAUCCCGGCUAUAUCACCGGCGAGCGGGUCUUGACGGGUCUUGCUGUCUACAACUCGCUGGUCGAGUGCAACGACACGGGUGAUUGCGCACCUGUGGAUCCUCCUCAGCCUGGUGACUUUGUCCGUAUCGAUGAUGCAGGGGCCAACAGACUGAGAGUCUGGGUACCAGGUCCAGGGAGUCUGUGUUCCCAAUCCAGCCUGGCCGAUGUCACGUUUGGCGAGGACCACACCUCUGGUUGCAUACUCAGGCUAGGCUGGACCCGCCUCAGCAACUGCACUACGCUACGGGAGGCCAUGCUGGCCGAGCUGCAGACCACGGUGGCAGCAGACAGGAUCGGCAAGGUCGGCAACGCAAACACCUCAAUCGAAAACAACUGGGCCCCCAUUUUCAACUCUGAGGAAGAUGACAUCCCAACUGAACCUCCACCGACGACAGUUGCCAUGACAACAAAUGAGCAGACAACACCAGAGUUCUUCAACGAGACGCAGCCCAGUCCCAUCGACCUCCUGCAGGGAUUGUGUUACGAGGUACCGACAGCGGUCAACAUUGAGAUCCUGUACGCAAAAGCUGGCGAAUACGGCUCGGUCGUCCAACGUGAGAUCUUGGCAGCAUACAUAAGAUACACCAGGUCUACCGUUAAGCUGAAUUGCAUUGGAGCCGAUGGUUUUGCUUGUCAUCUGGAUCAAACCUCCAACGAAACCACAGACUGGGUCCAGUCCUUUCCAGUUGCCAGCACUGUCACCUUUAUCCUUACUGAGCGUCAAAGCGCGAGACGCUGUGACUAUGACCAGUGUGACGAGGAGAUGCUGUUUCUGCUGUCGCUGCGUUUCCAGGGGGACUCGCGGACGUACACGGUUGCCAUGUUAAUGAUUGUUGUCUUGCUCACCUUAGCGUAUUUUGCCAUUACUAAACCUGGGUCGUUUAUCAUCUAACCAAAAGCCAAAAUGCUUUAAUACAAGCCAAAAAUUAUCUGAGUUGAGUUAAGACCUCCGAUUUAAAACUUAGCAUCUAUUCUUAGGGAUUCCAAUGGCAAAUUUCAUGAAAAUCAUCUUGUCUAGAACUGGAGGCAAUGCAACCAUCGUUUAUUGGAUUAACAAUGACCUUGAUCUUUGCCUCAUGACAUUUGCCAUGUUGCCCCUUCAUCAGUAGGAUACUUUAAUAGGCUUACACUAGCUAUGCACCUACCAAGUUUCAUGACAAUACAUCAUGUCUACCGUAAUUUUCGGAAUAUAAGCCGCACGGAGUAUAAGCCGCACCGACCGCAGCGGUUUCAAUCUUGUAUUGGCCUCCAAAUUGUAGUCAAAAUGCUCUGAACCAGUUCCAUUUACACUACGAAAACUAUCAAAAGGGCCACAAAAGUUAUAUCAAAUCAUUUACAGUCGAUACUCUUACAAGCAAAUAUGGAAAUGGAUGAUGAGAAAUAAACACCGGGAACUGCUGCCGGCUGGUAAUAAAGGGGUGUAUUUUCUUGGGAAC